GUUUCUAUCCUCGAGCCGCAGCAUCGGCAACACAAAACCCGGCACACCGUUGCAGCAGCAGCAGCAGCAGCAGCAGCAGGAGGAUCAUCAUCAUCGUCGUCGUCGUCGUCGUCGGGAUUCACCGAAGGAGAAAAACGACGGUCCGUCAGUCGGUUGUAAUCGUGACGUACAUCGGCGGCAAACGCGACGCCGAGGAUUCGAGGAUUCGAGGAUUCGUUCGACUCUGUGUUCCGUCAUCCCAGUCGCUCUCGUCAACCCCCGGCUGUCCUGUAAAGGGUGAAACUUCGUAUCCGCAUAAGCGACCCGAGUAAUAAUGAAGCUCCGCUCGAGUCUGUUGGUGAUCAGCGCCGCGGCGCUUAUGGCGAUUGCCGUCGCGACGCCUGUUCAGGAUCAGCCGGAAAACAAUGGACUUUGGGACGACGAUAUGCACGACGAACUUCUCGUUAGAGUUUCACGGGGCGCCAAGGAUCGCGUUUCCGCCGGCACAGCAUCCUGCAGAUACGAGAAAAGCGACUGGUCGGCUUGCGACAUUAAAACGAACACGCGGAGUCGAACUUUGACCCUAAAGAAGGGCGACCCAAAGACGUGCGAGAAGACCAAGAAGCUCGACAAGAAGUGCAAGAAAGGCGUGGCGCUGAGCACAGAGUGUCGCUACGAAAAGGGAACAUGGAGCGAUUGCGUCGAUCAGCAGAUGAACCGGAUAGACAAUCUGAAACCGGACAGCGAUCGUUCGUGCGAAAAAACGCGACGUCGCACAAAGAGAUGCAAGCCGGAAACCAACGCGAAGAAGACUCCGAAAAGCGACCGGUCAAACAAGAAAUCUGGUAAACAGUAAAUUAUCGCCCCCCUGCAUAAAAAUCAUCAGCACUCAUCGAUUAUAAUAAUUGUAUAAUACCGCGUAUGUGUAUACAACGCCGCAUAUCAUCCGAUUAUACGGCAAUUAUAUAAAGAAAUUCUUAAGUUUCGGGGUAUAAAUAAGUCACCCCAAUUCGUUUUAUCGUGACUAAUUUUCUUUGUGUUUCUUUCUUUUCUCUUAUUAUCAUUAAUAUACUUGUUAACUUUUUUCUUUACAACUUUUUUUUAAUCACCAACGUUAAUCAUUCUUCAAUUAAGACUCGCUUAUAUACUGUACGAUAACAAUGGAACCGAAAAAAAAAAAAAAAAAAAAAAGAACAAAUUGAUGACGUAAUUUCUCUUUAAUGUUAAAUUAUGAUUACUGUUAUUGUACCCGUAUAAAAAAUGUGUAUAUUAUAUA